AUAUAUAUACAUUUUUUUCACCGAAACUACCCUGAAAGAGCUUAGAGUUACACCAACUUUGUGUAGUGGUGACCAUGGCCAAGACUCUUUGUUGUGAAAGGAUGGGAAUGAGGAAAGGACCAUGGAGUGCUGAAGAAGAUCAUAUAUUGAUUUCUCAUAUUCAAACACAUGGCCAUGCAAACUGGCGUGCCCUUCCUAAACAAGCUGGUUUGUUAAGGUGUGGUAAGAGUUGUAGACUUCGUUGGAUAAACUACUUGCGACCAGAUAUCAAACGAGGGAAAUUCAGUGAGGAAGAACAAGAUUCUAUCCUAAAGCUACAUCAAAGUCUUGGAAAUAAAUGGUCUACUAUUGCAGCAAGAUUACCGGGAAGAACAGAUAACGAAGUAAAGAAUUUUUGGCAUACACAUUUGAAGAAAAAGGUCCAUAAUGCCAAUAUUUCUGGUUACUCAUAUACUUUGCAAUUGCAAGAGGCACAAGCAAGUGAUGGUAAUGGUUUAGCUUCACCAUCUAUUGUCUUUUGUGAUGCUAAGUUAGAAGAAAAUAUAGGAAAUCAUGGUUCAUGUCAGAUAAGUGAAGAAAUGGAGUUUUGGUAUAAUGUAUUCAUCAAAUCAGGACAGAAAUGAUCAUGACUAAAUGGAGAUCUAGGAUAUUGUCUCAUGUGUACUUCUUUUAAUUUUGAGAUGUUCAUUUUCUAGGUAGAGUUAG